AGGUCAUGGAGUAGUGGUGCCCAGACAGAGCAGGGCUGUGUGGCUGACAGAGCACGCAGCUAGGAGACGAAAGACCUGGCUUCUUGUCCGAGCUCUACCACUGACAAGCUGUGAGAUGCUGGGUGAGGCCCUUUCUCUCUGGACUCAUUAUCUCAGCCUGAAAUAGGAGGGCCUGGUUCUCUCAGAGCUUGUAAAAUUCUAUGCUCCUGCGACUGCACAGUGGAUGCAGUGGUAGGAAGGAGGGAGGAUGCUUGUACAGAGGCAUGGAAUGCUUUAAGCCAUUCUGGUUCUCAACUGGGGGCGGUUUUGCCCCCCAGGAGAUGUGUCAAUAUCUGGAGACACUUUGUUGCCACACUGGAGUGUGCUAUUAGUAGACAGAGGCAAGGGGUGCUGCUAACAUCCUACAAGGGGUGCUGCUGACAUCCUGCAAUGCACGGGACAGACGCCACAGCAGAGUGAUCCUGCCCACGUGUCGGUAAUGCCAACGCUGAGAAAUCUGCUUUAGGAGGAUCAGACUCCAACUUUGGCUCCUCCACUUUGCAAUCCUCUGCAAUUCCAGGAGGUGGUGACAUGGAAAUGGCCAUGCUAGAGGAUCUUGAGUCCCUGCAGUUCGACUAUGGGAUGGAGGAGGAAGACCGCAGCUGGCUGUAUUUGCAGGGUCGUUUUCGGGGGCUUAUGAUCAAGGGCUGUGCACACGCAACCUUCUUCUGUAAGCUACUCCGUAAUUUGAGACAGUCAUUACACGAGACGCACAUGUCCACAGAUCUCAAGACGAGAUCUCUUGAUGAUAGUCCCGAUGAUGAUGAGUUAAAAGUGGGCAUCAUUGGAGGCGGCCACCUUGGGAAGCAGCUGGCUCGCGUACUGCUUCAACUUGUCCCCGUUCCUGCUGAGAGGCUGCGGAUCUCCACGCGGAGGCCAGAGACCCUGGACGAAUUGAAGAAACUGGGAGUCCAGUGCUUUUACCAUAACUCUCGCCUGGUGGCCUGGGCCGACGUGAUAUUUCUCUGCUGCCUGUCAUCUCAGGUGCCUCAUAUCUGCUCCGAAAUUCAAACCAGCCUUGGAAAAGCCUGCAUUGUGUACAGCUUUGUAGCUGCCGUCCCAAUACCCAGGUUGAAUCUCCUACUGAAACAUACCAAUAUCUUGCGGCCUCGGUAUCAGUGUUUUGAAGGUUUUGCCAACAUCUGGGGAGCCAACAAGGAGAUUAUAGCUGCUCUCCAAGAUCCUGUGAUUCUUCAGGCUACCUGCCCCUUCAAUCCUGCUGGCGGAAUAAUCCUCAACAUCAAGUGGUUGGAGGGACUGUUCUAUGCAGCCCUGAACGUCUGCACGGCAGAGGCCAUGCCCCACUUACCAGCGCUGCAUCUUAUGAACGAACUCUUCCUGUCCGUGCACCACGAGGACUGUGGGGAGGACGGCGCAUCCUGCCCGCAGUUUCAGUUACAAGAUUUUGUCAGCAAAGUCUAUGCCAAGAACCUGCCUCGGGCACGGCCUUUCCCCUGGUUUGAGCUGACUGCUGUGCAACUCACGGAAACUCCCUUUAGCCGGCAUCUCUUAACCAACACUGCUCUCCGGAACCACCUUAUGCAUCUAUACUGUGAUUCAUUUGGCAUCUCCCUAAGCAAAGAACAGCAGCCCGUGGUUUCCACGGGCUCUCCAUCCCAAUAAGAGAGGAGACCUCAGGAAUCAGGAUAUUUUCCCCUCUACAAUGGUUGGACCCUGAUUAUCACAAUAGAUGGUGGGAGUCAUGUGACUGUACGGUGUUUGCCAUGGGUUCAGCACUAGGGGAUUAAAAAAUUGUACUGAUGGCUCUUUAAAAUGUAGAAUAACGCAAGAAGUUCUUGACAUUGGUAUAUUUGUGUGUAUCUGGCUUUUGGAAGCAACCAAAUGAAACUACAUGACCUGACAUACUUAAGCAAGCUGCUUAAUACAAAUUCUUUCUCUUCUAAAAGCUCAAUUCAGGAAAUUAUAAUGUCAUCAUUAGACAGUUACAUACAGUAGCUUCUUUUCCUAUAGCAGUAUGUAGCUGACAUGAUUUUCCUACCAUUUUAGAUAGAGAAAUAAAAUGGGUGGUAAACAAUUUAAUAAUGACU